AUGGCUACAGUGCCGGUGGCCUACCAGGGAAACAUCUCCGCCUCCGCGCCGGAUUGGUUGAACAAAGGCGACAACGCAUGGCAGAUGAUAUCGGCGACGCUCGUCGGCCUCCAGAGCGUGCCAGGCCUCGUCAUACUCUACGGCAGCAUAGUCAAGAAGAAAUGGGCAGUCAACUCGGCUUUCAUGGCACUCUACGCCUUCGCCGCCGUAGUAAUCUGCUGGGUCACCUGGGCUUACAAGAUGUCCUUUGGCGAUAAGCUACUUCCCUUCUGGGGCAAAGCAGGCCCGGCUCUCGGCCAAAAGUUCCUCAUUAAACAGGCGGCCCUGCCGGAAAGCACCCAGUACUAUCACAACGGCACGAUGGAGACACCGAUGGCGAUGCCGUACUAUCCGAUGGCGUCGAUGGUGUGGUUUCAGUGUGUGUUUGCUGCCAUAACUUUGAUUCUUUUGGCUGGGUCUUUGCUUGGGAGGAUGAACAUAAAGGCUUGGAUGAUGUUUGUGCCUCUGUGGCUCACUUUCUCGUACACCGUCGGAGCGUUUAGCCUGUGGGGAGGUGGGUUCUUGUUUCACUGGGGUGUUUUAGACUAUUCUGGUGGCUAUGUCAUUCAUCUGUCUUCUGGGAUUGGCGGCUUCACAGCUGCUUACUGGGUAUUGAGGUCAGGAAGGGAGCUCAGCCAAAAAUAUCCAAGCUCGGAGGUCCAGACAUUCGGCUCCCUCGGCCUGCAGCUCAAAGAAAAUGAGUGAAAGACAGCUGACAACCACUAAACGCCCUUUCAACGGCAAUAAACGUUAGUUUAGGCGCAAAAAUCUCAACUACAUAAACUAUCGUCUAAAAUCAAGCAAAGCGUUACAAGAGAGAGGCGAAUAUUUCGCCCAGACCCCAUGGAAUUAGGAACUAAGCUAUAAAUACUGUACAAAGUCCUCACUUUGAGGCGGGCAAUCAAAAAAAUAAUACCAAGAGGACUGUAUAAU